AUGGAUACCAUAAAGUUCCCUCUUCCAUGGCAGCCAAAGAGGCUAUAUGACACCUUAGCAAGAGUCUCAUUCGAUCAAUUGGUCUGGGCCCCAAUUGGUAUUCCACUUUAUUACAGUUGCAUCACAUUCAUGGAGGGAUACGGAGUCCCCGAAAUCAAGGCCAAGUUACGCGAAGUAUACCUUGACACGCUAAUCAAUAACUGGAAAGUCUGGCCUCUAUUCCAGGCAUUCAACUUUUGGUUCACCCCCGUUAGAUACCGUCUGCUGGCAGUCAACAUCAUAAGCAUAGUAUGGAAUUGCUACCUGAGCAUUGAAAACCAAAUGUCUAACGCCAAGGUUGAGCACAGUGAACAGUGA